UGUGCUUCCGCUCCCGAGUGCGGACGCCGCCUCAGGGGGCGGGCUUCUCUGGCUUGCUAACUCCGCCGCACUGGAGGAUUCGUGCGUGGUAAGAAGUUGUGCGCGUGGCAGGCGAGUGAGAUUGAUAAGGUACCUCUGAUGAAGCCAUGACCAGGUGGGCACGAGUUACUACCACACAUAACAAAAGACCCUUUCCUGCAACAUCAUGGGAGGACAUGAAGAAGGGGUCCUUUGAGGGGAAAAGCCAAAACCUACCAAAGAGUGAACAACUUAAAGCCAACAGGCUGUGCCUUAAAAAUGAUGUGCCCCAAGCAAAACACAAAAGGAAUAAGAAGAAAAAGGAAUACUUAAAUGAAGAUGUGAAUGGAUUCAUGGAAUACCUAAGACAAAACUCACAGAUGGUUAACAAUGAGGAGAUGAUAGCAACAGACAGUCAGGAAGUAAGGGAAGAAAUUGCAAUUGCUUUAAAGAAAGAUAAUCGUCGGGAAGGAAGAAGAUUAAAAAGACAAGCAGCAAAGAAAUAUGCAAUGGUAUGUUUCCAUUGUAGAAAACCUGGCCAUGGGAUUGCAGAUUGCCCAGCUGCUCUUGAGAGUCAAGAAAUGGGCACUGGAAUAUGUUAUCGGUGUGGAUCCACAGAGCAUGAAAUAACCAAGUGCAAGGCUAAAGUAGACCCAGCUCUUGGUGAAUUUCCCUUUGCAAAAUGUUUCGUUUGUGGAGAAAUGGGACAUCUGUCCAGAUCUUGUCCUGAUAAUCCCAAAGGACUCUACGCUGAUGGUGGUGGCUGCAGACUUUGUGGCUCUGUGGAACAUUUUAAGAAAGAUUGCCCUGAAAGUCAGAAUUCAGAUCGAAUGGUCACAGUUGGUCGCUGGGCAAAGGGAAUGAGUGCAGAUUAUGAAGAAAUUUUGGAUGUGCCUAAACCACAGAAACCCAAAACAAAGAUACCUAAAGUUGUUAAUUUUUGAUAAUGAUGAGUACUGUCUUUAGUUACUGCCUCAUUUUUAAGCAUUCUGAACUAGACUUAGUUCACAAGAUAGAGCUGGACUCCGCCUUGGAGUCCUGUAUUGUAGAUAUCAGUAUAAUCUGGGUGUGGUCAAACUGUUUCCUGGGUUCUGUCUAUCAAGGGGUACUUCCACCAUUGUUUGGAGAAAAUCCAAAGGAAAAAAAAAAGUGUUAAGAUGUUUAAAUUGGAUUCUCUAAAAGAAUAUAUUACUAAAAGAUAGAACUUAGGUGUAAUUAAUUGGUUAUAAACCUGAUUGUAACAAUUAUCUUUUUCUUAAAAAUAUAAUUAUGCACUAAUAUGAACCAUCCCUAAAUAUAGGGUAACUACUUUGCAUUUGGAAAUGAAUUUUUCGUUAUAUUGUUUUCUUGGUUCAAACUACCGAUUUAUUAUUAUAUUAGAAAUUUAUUUAUAAUUGCCUCCCCAUAUCUGUAUUUUUAGAAUAUUUAAUAAAAACUCAUUUGCUAUUUA